GAUGGAGGUGCAUCCAGGCAUGUCCUUUUACAAUGAUGUGCAAGAUGCAUCAGAUUUAGUAACAAAAACUUUGGAAUCUGCUAAUCACCUGACUCCACUCCAUAUCCCUCCAGGCCCUGUUAUAUCACCAGAGAGGUAUGAGGAAUUAAGGGAAACAUUUCAAUUGUGCAAGCCUGUCAUGAAAGGAGGUCAGGAAUCUCCAGCGUAUCAGCUCAUGUUCCCAGAAUCUCACAGGAAAUAUGAGCCACCUUACAAGUUCAACCAUGAGCACCACUGCUAUGACAAUGUUAAAGAUGCACCACAAAGACUUCCUGACCUAACAGAAAAUUCAGUGCAAUGUAUAAAGGAUGCAAAGAAUAAGACAUCAGGGACAUACCUUGUGGAGAACCGCUAUCGGCCUUUUCAUCCCUAUAUCCAUGGCAGUACUGAUAUCAAAGGUAAUCUGCAAAGAAAUAAAGGGGCUGAUGGACCGUUCAAUAUUAAUGGAGAGGUAAGAGGACAACAUGGAUCCUACAUGAUUUCUCAGUUUGCAGAAGAAAAUGGUACAUCUUAUGAUCCAAAUGCUUCAUCCACUGAAUCCUCUAAAUUAGCUGUCAAGCCCCCAGAACUUGAUAUCUCAUACAGAGCUGCUAAUAUGCUGGAGAAUGUCAAGAAGGCUCUCUGGCUGACAACUUACAAACGUGAUUACACAGACACAGGUUCCAUGAACCCGCUGUUACUGGACGACUAUGAUGCCAAAAUCAUAGGCAGAGCCACUGGAGAACUAGGCAAAGAUGUGGAGCUUAGAGAAUCAUUUCCAUCAGUCACUACCCAAGUAAGACCCUUAGAAGGACGUAUUGCCCGUGAACUUCAAGGCAGACCUUGUCACAUCUCAGACUCAAACCCUCAACACCAGGACUCCUCAGAUGUUCAUGGGCCUCCCCUUCACUGUAUCAAUAACUUAGUGGUGUGGAACAACAGCAAAACAUCACCGGGUGCAUUUCAGCAGGAUCUAGGUGUGGACAGAUGGGCAAUGAGAAGGAGAGAAUACUUGCUUCAGGAUCAGAUUCAGCCUCAAAUAGCGUAUCAGGGAGAAAUUAGUCAACUUAAGACACCACCACAGAACAAGUAUCGGAAAAUCACAGAUACAUGGAAAACAGACAAGUUAUACCAAAGGCAACUUGCCGUUCCACCUGAACCAGAGCCACUUCUGAAGACUGCAGAUUCUAUUUACUAUGAAGAUUUGCCACCCUCCCGGUUAAAUGCAUAUAUUGUAUGGCACCAUCCCGUUAUCCUCAGUAAACCAGGUCCCAAAAAUGUAUGUUUUAGGAAACCCAUGGACAAACAGGAUCCCUCACUUGCUUCUGAUCUGAAAGUCAUCCCAGUCAUCCCUUCAUUACCAGGAUGGAUUCCUAAUUGUGGGGUGGCCCGGCCCCAGACAAAGUUGCUGGAUAUACAAUAUUCUUUUUCAAAGGGAGAUGCUAUCAAGCGUUUGAGUGAUCUAACUCGAGGAGGAGUAAGGGACCUCCGGGAUCACGAUAGGGAAGGCAAAAGGCACAAAUUCCAGGGCACUCAUUCCUAUUACUAUCACUGAACCUUUCAAAGAACAGAAGACAAGGAACAAUAACACCUCCACUGGAGUUUCCAUCAACCACAGCUGAAUUGUGUGUUUUUCCCCCUCUCUUUUAGAGUUCACUCUGUUAAGUGUUAAGUCACAAUUAAUACAUGAAAGACUGACCUAGUGUCCUCAAAACCAGGGGCAGACAGAAAAUAAACUAGGAACUACUGGUAGCUUUUUCCAAAGAUUUCUACAUUUUUCUGACUCCCUAAAGUCUGAGACAGGGGUAAAGACAGUACAGUCCAUAAGUCUCAUGCCAUUCGUGAAGAUUGUUUGGGGCUCCCCAAGGCCCUAAAAUGCACCCAAAUUUUUUGUGAUUCCCCCCAAACACUCUCUAUGCCCACUAGAGGGUGAGAUGAGCAAUUUUUCUAUUUCUCCCUCCCCCAUUCAUUUCAGGCCCAGAAAAAGCAUUUUUCCCCAUCCUUUUAAAAUAUAUCCUGUUUAAAAUAUAUUGUAUCUACAACACCUUCCUGUCUUGCAAAAUGAUCCCCCCAACAGAUCCUCAGAACAACCAGUAUAUCUGUUAAAAAGCAAAAAGCAUUGCCAGAAAGUCUUCCUGAGACAUUGUGUACUGCUAUAUGAAUGCCUGUAGCUCUUUUCCUUUUAUUUCCUGAUUGUGCAAACCACCAUAGAAACAGAAGCAAAUAUGCAAGUAUUAAGGACCUGUUUAAGCAUUUGUAUGGACAAAUCCUCUCAGAUUAGGAGGCAUCCUUUUUAAAUUGUGUAAUGGCAUUUUAAGCAUUGUGAAAUUGUCUGACUGAUAUGUAACAGGGUGGCAGUCUGUCAUGUGCCUUUAUGCGUUGUAUAACAGGGAGGGCCCAGCAAUGUUCAGAUGUGGAAGCAGUCCAACAUCCUUCCUUAGUAAUGUUUCCAAGUCUCAUAUAUUUUCUGCUAGUAGCAUGGUGUUGUCUGAAUAUCUCAAAUUAUUGAUAUUCCUUCCUCCUAUCUUCACUUCUCCAUUGUCUGAGACUAAAUCUGCUCUUUGUAUGAUGUUUUCUGCAUCUGAGCAGAUAGGGUGAUAUAAUGCAUCAUUGCCUGACCACUUUGCCAAUUGGGAACCAUUCAGUUUCUCUAUAUUUUGUUCUAACAAUAGUCUAAGUACAGAUUUCUUAUCCGGACUAUGAAAUGUAGUGGCACUCCCAUUUCUUUAAGAACCAUUCAUAGCUUUUCAUGAUCUAUGCAGUAAAAGACUUUGCAACAGUC